AUGGAGCGCAGCAUGGCGGCUCGUUUCCACGACGCCGCGACUCAGUUUCGAGUCUACGAAGAUUACCUCGACUCCCGAGUCACGCCGAAGGACUUGUUUUACUUCAAAAGCAGGGAGGUGGCCCGUAAGCUGGUGGAGCUCGGCCACAAGGGCAACGUCCUGAGCAGGGAGCAGUUCGAGGAGAAGAAAGUGGCGGCGCAGGCCGGCGAGGCCGCGAGGAGCGACCCUUCCUACGGCAGGAGCCGGCCGACGACGCUGGCGAGUGCAGGAAAAGAGCUUAAAGAUAACUUCCUGAGAGCCCUGGCCGAGCGAGAGGAGGCCAACCGCAGUGGGAAAAUGAGCUCCGUCAUUUUCAUAAGGGAUCAUAAUCCUCUUGGACGGGAAGUAUCUGGCUAUAUAGACUACGCCCACAGACUCAAGACCCAAGAUUUCGAACCAUACUUCAGCGGAAAGAAGAAGCUCGUGCCAAGACGCUCGGAUUUAUGCUACUACAACUGGAAGACACAGGUGUCCACGUCCAACUCGAGCCCGAACUUUGAGGUGAUUUAUGACGACCCCAACGGCCUUCUCUUCAAGAACAAGAUGGACAAAAAGAUCCUGAAUGUGGACCCAUUGGCCGGUCCGGGCGAGGACUCCAACAGGACCAUCCUGCGGUCGGACCUCUACACCCACGCCGUCAUCUACGACCACAGCAUCAGGACCGUCUGA